AUGCUUGCGAAUCAUGGACGCUCCGAAGCUCAAGCGGGCUGUCGUAAGUGCCAAAACGGCCGUCAACGUCUGCGAAUUCGAUUCCGGAACGAAGCGACGCUAACUGCUAUCCUCAUCCGGCAACGCGCUUCCCUCGCACACACACACACACACACGCACGCACACAUACUCUCUCUCUCUCUCGAAAGCGCACGCGCACUUCCGCAUGCGCUGGAUCCCGACAUCGGUCGGCAUACGUGCGACAGCGAGGCGCGCGCCACGCGCCGGCCGAGGAUUCGCCGACACCCCGACUCCCGAUUCCCGAGCGUGGCGCGGCGCAGAGCAGCGCUGUGCUGUGCGCUGUGCGCCGAGAAAAUGGAGGGCGGUGCGUGCCAGUGCGUGCCGCAGCACCGGCCGCCAGCCGCCCUCGCCCCGCGCCCGCGUGAGACGGAUCAGCCUCCCGUUCCUCCGGCCGCACGGCCAGAGAUCGACAGCUUAUCCAAAGGCAAGGCAGGUACGGGCUGGUACAAGCCUCCGUUCGGCGCGUCCCUGUCGAUCCACGACGUACGCACGCACGCACGCCCGUCGUGCUCGCAGGCGUCGCGACGUCGCGGGUGCGACAUGCACGGCGACGCAGGCGCGCGUUGUCCAGGGUCGCGCGGCGAUCCGUGCUCGUCGUUGCAUGGACGCGCGCACGGACGCCGUCGCACGGAGACGGGGCGGAACGGCGGGGCGGGCCCAAGGGAGCCGCCGAGCCGCAGAGGCGCGCGGCGCGGUUCGGAAGACGUACACGCGGCGCGACUGGAACAGCGCGCGCGCGCGCGAGCCGGUGCAGAUGGCAUCUGGCGCGCGCUCCCACCUGCUCCGUUGCCUGGGAGCCGGGGCGCCACGAGUGCGCGCGGGAAUAGAAUGGAGAAGCAACUUGGGUGGGGAUGGGGCUGGAUGGGGAUGGGGAUGGGGAGUCAAAUCCGGAUGCGGAUUGCGCUGUGCUUGGCUCGCAGGACCGGCGUGGUGCGGCGUGCGUGCGUGCGUCGAGGUUCGAUUCGGUGCGCGCGCGACGCCUGCGAGGCGCUACUCGGCGGGCGCGAGCCUCAGGACAUGCAAGAGUCCCUAAGCAUGGACUCGUGA